GGAACUAAAAUCAAACAUGAAUCGAGGUUUGGCGCUGCUGCUGAUUGCUUGUCUGACGGUCCAGACCGAGUGCCGCUAUGCCAAGGUGAACAUCAAUCUGGGCCUUACAGUGGCCGAUGACACUCCCCGCCCGCUCAGCGAGGACACGAUCCGCCUGUGUGGCGAGCAAACGGACAUCUCCCUGCAGGAGCUGCACAAGUUCCAGCAGCACGACUUCUCCUAUCCAUCGGAGCCCGUGCAGUGCUUCACCCACUGCCUGUACGAGCAGCUGGGCCUCAUGCACGACGGCGUCUUCGUGGAUCGCGACUUUAUCGGUCUGCUGUCGGACGUCAGUAAUCCGGUGAGCUGGCCGGAGCGUCAAUGCCAUGCGAUUCGUGGCUCCAACAAAUGCGAGACUGCCUUCAAGAUCCACAAGUGCCGGCAGCAGCUGAAGGAGCAGCACAGCAGCCCCGAGGACAACGAGGAUGUGGAGACCACCAGCAGCACUCCAUCGCAGACAGUUGACUUUCUGCCUUAGGUUUUUAG